AUGGACCAAUUUGUUUUGAUUGCUCGCUACAGAGCCAAGCAAGGGAAGCGGGGCAGAGCCCUCGUGGUGGAGCACAAUCUCCCAGCGGGCCGUUCAUACGCCGGACAAAUUGCAGAGAGACGCACCAAGGGCGAAAGACGACAGCAGCUCCAUCAGACUUGGGACCCGGAAGCCGCAGGUCUUGGAGUCGCUAGGAGCGCGAUUGUUUCAAGCGAAAAGGUGAGGGGCGCACUCUUUGAUGACGGACACGGCAUGCGUAAGCGCAAGGAUAGCCCGCCAGUGCUAACAUUUCGUGAGACUAUCCGGCGGGCUGGUUGCUUUGCCCUUUAUAAGACCCAGCGCGAGCCAUCGCCAGUCAAAGAUGUCCAUCCGUCGUGUGUGCACCCUCUCAAACCUCUUUCGUUCUCGUCAACUGCGGCAGACUGUGGUAUUUUAGCCAGGUCGCAGAGUCACACUCCUCUCCAGGGCUUGGCCGCUCCACGAUUGUCGCAGACUGCAACAAAACAUCCUUGCCCGAACCACCCUCGUUUCCCGCGGAACACUUCCUCGCCAGCUAGCCGACAACAAUCAUGUGCACGAAAAUCGUCCACGUCUUCAAAUGCGGUCAUCAGCAAGUCGACUUGGCCCCUUGCGCCGCGUCGAGAGUCGCAAAGUGUCCCAAUUCCCAAGACAAGAAGAUCAAUCACGAUCAACGCUGCUCGAAUUGCCAAAGAUAACACGGUGAGGCUCUUUUGA